AUGGAUGAGUGGGUUCGCCAGGCCGAGGCGUGGGCGGGCCAGGCCGAGCGCUGGAUCCGCCAGCAGCCCCCGGAGCAGAUUUACGUCGCCGUCACCGUGAUUGCCGUCACAAUUCUGGUGCUCCUCGCAGCUUCUUGUCUGAAAUCAUCGAAAUCAAACACCAUUGUGCUAUCUGGGCUAAGUGGAAGUGGUAAAACUAUUCUUUUCUACCAGCUUCGCGAUGGAUCAUCUCAUCAAGGAACUGUGACAUCGAUGGAUCCUAACAAUGAUACGUUUGUGCUACAUUCAGAGCUUGAAAGGAAAGGCAAAGUAAAACCUGUCCAUGUUGUUGAUGUUCCUGGUCAUGCAAGGCUGAAACCCAAGCUGGAUGAAUUCCUGCCUCGGGCAGCUGGAGUUGUUUUUGUUGUUGAUGCUCAGGAUUUCUUGUCUAGCAUGCAAGCUGCUGCAGAGUACUUAUAUGACAUUUUGACGAAGGCUACUGUGGUGAAGAAAAGGGUUCCUGUUCUUAUAUUCUGUAAUAAAACAGACAAAGUUACCGCUCACUCGAAGGAGUUCAUCAAGAAGCAGCUGGAAAAAGAAGUGAACAAGCUUCGGGAAUCGAGGAAUGCCAUAUCGUCUGCUGACAUCACUGAUGAAGUCGAGCUUGGUGUCCCUGGAGAGGCAUUCAACUUCAGUCAAUGCCAGAACAAGGUGACAGUUGCUGAAGGCGCUGGUCUCACCGGCAAUGUUUCAGCAGUCGAGCAAUUCAUCCGAGAGCACGUCAGGGCUUAG